CCCAUCCACCUUUGUCCCUAGACCAAAAAGAUCUCUCUCGGUGGCUGCUAACUCGUACAGAACCCAACCGUGUCCACCAUACCCACCUUGUUAAACCUCUCUCUCUCUCUCAUGGCAGAUAAAUUAGCUCUACCACUCGUACUCCCAAACCCACCACCCACAAGACCCAUAUUCCCCAACAUUCACCAAAGCCAGCACCACCCUCCUAAACCCUCAGCGGAAUCCGUAACCCCUUUUCCGCAGGACCUCCUCAUCAACCGCCAGAACCCCAACUCCCAACCCCUCUCGCCCCAGUCCCCAAUCCCCAGAACCCGCCGCAAGCGUAUCGGCAAGUCCCGGGACCCCAACCACGGCAAGCCCUGGUCCCACCACAGGCUGUCCCUCAAAGGUCAGCAAAUUCUCCAAUCUCUUAUUGACCCACAGUUUGAUUCCUCUAAACUGGGUGAAGUCUUGCUUCAAUUGUUUGAACCGUCCGCAGAAGAAGAAGUAAGUUCUAGCUCGGAAUUGUUUUCUUUGGAUGUACUGGGUAUACUAAAGGGUUUAGGAUUUAGCAAGAAAUGUGACUUGGCACUGAGUGUGUUCGAGUGGGUUCGGAAUCGCAAAGAUUGCGAAUUGAUUUUGAAUGGCUCUAUUAUUGCUGUUGUAAUUAGUAUUCUUGGCAAGGAUGGUCGCGUUUCGUCCGCAGCGUCGUUGCUUCAUGAUUUACAUAAAGCUGGGAUUGAUAUUGAUGUUUAUGCUUAUACUUCUUUGAUUACUGCUUGUGCUAGUAACGGGAGGUAUAGAGAGGCUGUAAAGGUUUUUAAGAAGAUGGGAGAAGAGGGAUGCGAACCUACUUUGAUAACUUAUAAUGUGAUUCUGAAUGUGUAUGGGAAAUUGGGUAUGCCUUGGAAUACGAUGUUGGAUCUCGUUGCCGACAUGAAGAGUGCCGGGGUUUACCCUGAUUUGUACACCUAUAAUACGCUUAUAAGUUGUUGUCGGCGUGGCUCUUUGUAUGAAGAGGCAGCUGGGAUUUUUGAGGAGAUGAAGUCUGCAGGGUUUACACCAGAUAAGGUUACUUAUAACGCGUUAUUGGAUGUUUAUGGGAAGUCUAGGCGGCCAAAGGAAGCCAUGGAGGUGUUGAGAGAGAUGGAAAUCAAUGGGUUUUCUCCUAGCGUAGUGACUUACAAUUCAUUGAUAUCGGCUUAUGCUAGAGAUGGUUUGCUGGAUGAAGCAAUGGAUCUCAAAACCCAAAUGAUGGAGAAAGGGAUUAAACCUGACGUAUUUACCUACACCACCCUUUUUUCGGGGUUUGAGAAAGCUGGCAAGGAUGAGUCUGCAAUGAGGGUUUUUGAGGAAAUGAGGAGUGCUGGGUGCAAACCAAAUAUCUGCUCCUUUAAUGCACUCAUUAAGAUGCAUGGUAACCGUGGAAAAUUUGCAGAAAUGAUGGAGGUGUUUGAAGAGAUCAAGAUGUGUCAGUAUGCCCCUGAUAUUGUUACUUGGAACACACUUCUAGCAGUGUUUGGGCAGAAUGGAAUGGACUCAGAGGUAUCGGGAGUGUUUAAGGAAAUGAAGAGGGCAGGGUUUGUGCCUGAAAGGGACACCUUCAACACAUUAAUCAGUGCAUACAGCAGGUGUGGCUCUUUUGACCAAGCCAUGGCCGUUUAUAAGAGGAUGCUGGAAGCUGGGGUUACUCCAGACCUUUCCAGCUAUAAUGCUGUUUUGGCAGCGUUGGCCCGGGGUGGGCUCUGGGAACAAUCUGAGAAAAUACUUGCUGAAAUGAAGGGUGGUCGGUGUAAACCCAAUGAGCUGACAUACUGUUCUUUGCUUCAUGCUUAUGCUAAUGGCAAGGCGACUGAGCGCAUGAGUGAUCUGGCAGAAGAGAUAUAUUCUGGUUCAAUUGAACCGCGCGCUGUGCUUUUGAAGACUCUUGUUUUAGUUAAUAGUAAAAGUGACCUUCUAAUGGAGACGGAGCGUGCUUUCUUGGAGUUGAGGAGAAGAGGGUUAUCACCUGACCUAUGCACUCUUAAUGCCAUGGUUUCUAUCUAUGGCAGAAGGCAAAUGGUUACCAAAACAAAUGAGAUUUUGAAUUUCAUGAAUGAGAGUGGGUUUACUCCGAGCUUGACAACUUACAAUUGCUUGAUGUAUAUGUACAGCCGCUCUGAAAACUUUCAGAAAGCGGAAGAAAUUUUUAGGCAACUUUUGGGAAAAGGAAUAAAGCCUGAUAUAAUUUCUUACAAUACCGUUAUAUAUGCCUAUUGUAGAAACGGUCAGAUGAGAGAGGCUUCACGGAUAUUCUCAGAAAUGAGGGAUUCAGGACUUGCUCCCGAUGUGGUCACUUAUAAUACCUUUGUUGCAAGCUAUGCCGCUGAUUCAAUGUUUGUGGAGGCCAUUGAUGUGGUUCAGUACAUGAUCAAGCAUGGAUGUAAACCAAACCAUAACACAUACAACUCUAUUGUAGAUUGGUAUUGCAAGCUCAAUCGCUAUGAUGAGGCCAGCAUGUUUAUUAACAGCCUUCAUAAGCUUGAUCCACAUUCUUCCAAGGAGGAACAAUGCAGGUUAUCAGAACGUAUAACAAAGAAGUGGUCAUAGACGAUCCUCAGCUAUCGACGGAUGGCAGCUUAAUUUGCUUGCAUUUUACCCAUUUAGCCUCGUUUCCAUCCAGUCCCUGUUCCCCCUUUCUUUUUGCCCAUGUAUAUUGUUUGGGAGAGAGAAUAGCAGAAUUGUAACGUUCUUCAUGCACAUGAUUGUUUUCUCUCUCUGGAUUGAAUUUUUGAGUUGAAGGAGACAAAGCUAUACGGCAAGCGUUCAACAAAUGUAUUAGGAGCAUGCCUUGUGUAGAUCAGAUAACAGAUGAAAGGAAGGUGGGGCUGGGGAGGAAAGAGUUGAAUGGGUUUGAGCGGUAUGUAAAAUCAUAUAGCAUGGAAUUAGGAAAAAAAUGUACAGUCAACGUCUAGUCUCUAGAAAUACUUUGUUUUGUAAACUUUUGAAAUCUAUCAAAUUUACAGAGAAUUUUUGGGCUA